AUGGAUAGCGGGCAGAUCUCGUCCGUGGGCAGGGAGUUGGAGAUGGGCAGGGGAUCCGGGAAACAUCAGUCUGAGAUAUGUAUGCUGAUGGAGGAGAUCCUGUCCCUGCAGAGGGAGCGCCAAGAUCUGGCCGGUUCUCUUACUCCCAGCAUUUCUUACUGGAGGGAAAGGGUCUCUCCAACAGCAACAGAGUGGAUGGUCGCUGGAAGGGGAACCAUGGCCGUGAGCAUUAUCAAACCAGCCUCCAGUAUCCUCCAGUCCGGCUCAGAGCAGGUACAUUUACCCCACGCUGUUAGAGACGUCCAGAAAGAACUCGGGAACUACUUCGAUUUUGUCCUCCAAGACAUAGAGCACUUGGGUCACCGGAUGCUAUCUACCUCACAUUUUCUUUGGAGUUCCCGUGCCCCAGUCUCCUCGUGCCAGGCCGACGAGCUGGUUAGGACAACAUCCAAAUUAAUGCAAAUCUCUACGCAUAUCUACGAUGCUGGGGUGGACAAGAGUAAGGAGGAUGAGAAGAAGCAGAGGAAGAAGCACAAGGAGGUGGAAGAAGAUACCACCAAGAAGAUGGAAAGGAAGAAGGAGGAGGAGCAAGAGAAGAUGGGAUGGAAGAAGGAGAAUCAGGCUGAACAGGAGGAGACUAGGAAGAAGGCUGAGAUGAUGCGGUCCCACGAAUUCUUUCGUCUCUCAUCCAAUGUCAGGGAGAAGCCCAACCAUUACAAAAAUGAGUUGGCGAUGAUGUUUACAGAGGACGACGAGAAGGAGUAUGAGAGGGAGAUGGAGGCAGAGAGGCAGGCGGAGAUGGAGAGGAAGCAGAGGAAGCAGAAGAAGAAGCAGCAGCAGCAGAUUGUUGUGGAGCAGGGCGCUGACCAGAACAGAACAAAAUCCCCAAUGGAGCUUCUCAAAGAGGAUAUGGAUACCGAGCUGCUACUUUUUGCCAGCCACCGUAAGUACUGGGAAGAUACAAACAUCAGCAAGACUGGACAGUGCGGUCGGUUCCAAGAUAACACCACUUUGAGUCCUAUGCAGUUUACACACUACACACCUGGUAUCACCCUGCCCCCUGCUGCUUUCACUGGGACAACCGUUCAGAUCUACUCCUUCAAAAUUACUCGACUGCACAAUGACCUCAAGUGGCCACUCUAUGUAUAUGGUGAGGUCGCUGCCCGGGACACCGUGGACCGCAACCGCAAUCUUCUCUUCUGUCGGUCAGAGUUUAGGGGCCAAGUACUCACUGAAAAUGACUCUUCCCUAUGCUUGACUGGCCCUUCUCGUGCAAUUGUAGCGGAGGAUCCUGUUGACUUCGAAGUCGAACUAAGAAUUAUUGAGGGCGAUGAUGAGAUCAAAGACAGAGUAUUGAUGAGUCUUAGCAAGCGUUACGACGGUGCAGAGCAACCUUUAUGCUUCCAUGGCUCCAUGUGUAGUGCAGAGUUGAGCCUUGGGCGACUUGCUGCAACGGUCCAGGCAACUAUCGUGGGGGUUCGUGUUGGUGAAGGGAGGUGGCCUUUUGAAUUCGGAGGCCGAGUUACUUGCUCCUUGUAUUCUGUCGAGGUUGAUGAUCACUCGUGUGAUGAAGUUGUUUUGCUUGAUUCCGCUGAAAAAAUUCCUGAAGAUGGUUUAGAUGGGUAUAUUUCUCUUUCAAGGAGUGUUGUGUCAGUACAAUUGCAAGGACGGCUGAAAGUUAGCAUACAAGCAUACGGGAGAUCUGAACCUCCAGUUGAUGUUGAAUUCCAUCCCCAGGAUUGCAACAUAACUAUGGGUAGUUGUUCUGUCUAUGGCACUAAGGUGGACAUCACGGUUGCUUGGUCCCGGCUUGUCCGGGACAAGAUGGAUUUACUAAUUGAGGGUUAUUCUACCCAGGCGUAG